GAAAGGAUUAAGCGUGAAUCAGGCAUUGUGCUCAUUUUCGAGUACGUUGUGCUAGAUUUUUACUGUUUAAGGCAUUGAAAGACAUGGAAAAUGCAUGUAAGCCCUGUGCCACGGCAAAACGGAAGUGCGAGAGACAGACACCACAAUGUGCGCGUUGCCGCAGACGAGGCAUCGAAUGCACCUACCCCCCAGCAAAGCAGACUGCUUUCAUCUUAUGCGAAGAUGACCACUCGUCAGCUCAGGAACAUGGUAGUAUUUCAUACGUAUUUUCUUCAGAUAAAUCAACCUAUACUCGUUCCGAAACUCUACCGUUGCCAAGUUGGCCCUGUACAGUGCCAGCCCCAUCAGAUAUUGGCCUUCUUGCUGUAUCCGCAACUCGACUGGUAGCCAGUGACCAAUUGAUGUCAUAUGUCGCUAUGCUCCGUACCUGGCUCACACAGUGGGUGGACCAAGGCAGCAAUCCAUUCAUUCAUGCUUCUCUUUAUAAAGCACGAAUGCCCUCAUGUAUGCAGGAUGCUUAUACGGCUUUGUCAUCAUACUUCCUUAAGAACCCGACCAACGAGCAGACUAUAUACCACAUCCUAGAGGACCGACUCCAGCGGUUGGUAGACACUCAAGGCGUCGAGGAGUACGGGCCAGCAAAGCGCCAGCAUGACUUGAACUCAAUUGAUCAUCUAGCUAGGGUCCAGUCUCUACUAAUAUUUGUAGUUAUGGCGCUGUUUGAUGGCGAUAUCCGUCUCCGUCAUUUUGCGGAAAGCUAUAUCCCGGUUCUUGAGAUAUGGGUGGAAGCAAUGAUUGAUCAUACUAAUCAGAUGUUAUCACUUAGUGUUGGCCCUGAAAAAGAGAGACAGCUCUAUUACAAUCUUAAUGUUGAAAACGCUAAUGACCGCCAAAACCUCAAUUGGCAUUGUUGGGUAAUCGCAGAGAGCACUCAACGCACGUGGAUGAUGGCAGCAGGGGUUCAGGCUAUUUAUUCAAUAAUGCAAUCGGGAAAAGCCCCUCCUUGUCGAGGCCAUAUGGUUAUAACUACACGACCAGGAGUAUGGGAGGCGUCAUCAGCUUUGGCUUGGAGUAGGCUAUGCCUGGAGACGAAUACCGGCAUCAUACAGAUGUCAGAAGCGGAUCGGCUAUUUGCGGAAGCUGCACCAGAAGAAGUCGAUGACUUUACAAGGGUUUUUUUAGAAGCGACAUAUGGCAAGGAUCGGAUGGAAAGAUGGGUUUGUGACAGGGAAAUAAUGACUGAGUCGUGAAAACAAGUGAAAGUAACGUGAUUAUAUAUUGUCGUCACUGUUAAGGGAUUCUCACUCUGGAUACACUUGAUGCAUCCCUACU